CGGCUGGGCUGCGCCGCGCUCCGCAACGUGUCCGGCGCGCAGUACGUGGGCUCGGGCUACACCAAGGCGGUGUACCGGGUGCGCCUGCCCGGCGGCGCCGCGGUGGCGCUCAAGGCGGUGGACUUCGGCGGCCACGACCUGGGCAGCUGCGUGCGCGAGUUCGGAGCGCGGAGGGGCUGCUACCGCCUGGCGGCCCACAAGCUGCUCAAGGAGAUGGUGCUGCUGGAGCGGCUGCGGCACCCCAACGUGCUGCAGCUCUAUGGCUACUGCUACCAGGACAGCGAGGACAUCCCGGACACGCUGACCACCAUCACGGAGCUGGGUGCCCCUGUGGAAAUGAUCCAGCUGCUGCAGACUUCCUGGGAGGAUCGAUUCCGAAUCUGCCUCAGCCUGGGCCGCCUCCUCCACCACCUGGCCCACUCCCCGCUGGGCUCGGUCACUCUGCUGGACUUCCGCCCGCGACAGUUUGUCCUCGUGGAUGGGGAGCUCAAGGUGACGGACCUGGAUGAUGCACGCGUGGAGGAGACACCGUGUACAAACAACGCCGACUGCGUACUUGAAUUUCCAGCAAGGAACUUCACCCUGCCCUGUUCCGCCCAGGGCUGGUGUGAGGGCAUGAACGAGAAGCGGAACCUCUACAAUGCCUACAGGUUUUUCUUCACAUACCUCCUGCCCCACAGUGCCCCGCCUGCCCUCCGACCUCUCCUGGACAGUAUCGUCAAUGCCUCCGGAGAGCUCACCUGGGGGGUGGACGAGACCCUGGCCCAGCUGGAGACAGUGCUAUACUUGUACCGGAGCGGGCAGUAUCUGCAGAACUCCACGGCAAGCAGCAGCGCUGAGUACCAGCGCAUCCCAGACAGCGCCAUCCCGCAGGAGGACUACCGGUGCUGGCCAUCCUACCACCAUGGUAGCUGCCUCCUGUCCGUGUUCAAUCUGGCGGAGGCUGUGGACGUGUGUGAAAGCCAUGCCCAGUGCAGUGCCUUUGUGGUCACCAACCAGACCACCUGGACAGGUCGGAAGCUGGUCUUUUUCAAGACUGGAUGGAGCCAUGUGAUCCCUGAUCCCAACAAGACCACCUACGUGAGAGCCCCCGGCUGACCUGUCCGAGGGCUCAGCCAACCAGCUGGGCUUGCCCGCGGCGGGAGCGAUUUGCACCAGCGGCACUGCAUGCCACCUGGGAAGCGCUGCAGACAGUGCUGACAUCCCAGACAGACUGACGCGACCAGGACAAACGUGCAAUAAUGCAAAAUGUUAAAAUGUGAGUUUACCAGCCUAGGUCUGAGACUGCUGGCUCCCAGGCCAGGAAUCAGUGGUCAAGGGAGGGGCGGAUGGCCUCUCCAGGGCUCUGGCGUGCAAGCCAGGCUCAGGCUGGUCUGAACUGGGACGGUUCCACGGGCAGCCCCAUCACUGUGUUCAUCGUGGGAGAAUGUAGCCAAACCCCUGCCACCGCUGUUGCACGUGGCGCGGCACGCAGGGGCCGCGUGAGGACAAUCGGUCACAGGAUGUCCUCUCAGCUUAGCUCCAUUCGGGAGACAUGGCGUGGGGGGUGCUCCAGGUUGUGGGUGAGCCCGUUCCUGGAGAGGCUGGCUCUGGCCCCCUGACAGAGGAUGCUCCCAGGCCAUGCUGGGGGUCAGGAGCCAGGGCACACACGUCCAAAUGAGCCAAGACUGGGGUGGAGGAGGAGCAGGUUGCGGUUUGAGCCAGGACCUGGGGUGGGGGUAGGGCCGGGGCCUUUCUGCCUCAUUUGCUUUCAGUGAAAGCCGCAGAGCAGCCCAAACCAGGCUUUCCCCCUCUCCUGGAGUUUGCAUAUCCAGAAGUUUUUAUACUUCUUGUUCAUUAAAUUGUUUAUUUUUGUAAAAAAAAAAAAAAAUCAAUCACUUAAUAAAAUGACUUUUCAAGGCAAA